AUGCUACGUCCACUGACCAUCGCCGCCGUCCUCGCGACGGCCACCGCGCAGCUCCAAGAGAAGAGACUCUGCACGGCGACCGGGCUCAUUGUCUCCGAGUUCUACGGCAAUCUCUACGCGGACGUCGUACGGUCCAACAGCAACGAAGUCUUUGCUUACAACCCCACGGACAAGACGCUCAUGGCCACGAGCAACGGCGAGUGCCUCGAGGCGCAGCCGUUCCCGCCGCGCCCGUACUUGGGCUACGGCGCCUUGAGAACCGCGCCGUGCUACCCGUCCAAGCCCAUGCAGCAGUGGACGCUCCAGAACGACCGCGUCUACAUCGCCGAGUCCAAGUCGCUGCCCGCGUACUGCAUUGAUGCGCACUCGAUCUUCCAGCCCGGCGGCAACGUUGGCGUCGGGCCGUGCGACUUUGAGAAGGUGACGUCGGCCACACUGCUCGACUGCACGGUGGCCAAGACCAAGUACGUCGCGCUCAAGACGCUCACGACCGGCAAGCGCCUCAGCGAGUAUUACAACAGCCUGUACGCCAACGUGCCCGCCAACAACUUGAACGAGAUCUUUGUCUGGGACAAGCCCAACAAGAUGUUCAAGGUCGCAACCAGCGGCAAGUGCCUCGACGCAUACAGAGACCCAAAGAAGAUGUACCACAUGCACAUGUGGGACUGCGACGUCGCCAACCCCAACCAGAAGUGGAACUACGACCCGAGCACCAAGACGCUCGAACAUGCGACACACGUUGGCAUGUGCUUGCACGCCGACCCGACGUACUACGACUUCCGCGCGCAAAUCAUGCCCUGCACCGCCAACAACCCCCUCCAGCAGUGGACCAUUGGCCCGCUCCUUGCUUGA